AUGAUUAACUUUCUCAGCACACGUAGUGGGUUUUUACGACCGUUGAUUUCAAAGUAUUCGACUAAAGCAAUAAAUCCAUCCAAACGGCAAUAUCCAUCAAAGGAUUCGUCCAAUGAAGUCUUGAGAAGAUUAAACUACCUCGACAAUUACGAGCGUGCAUUUCAGUUCUUUGAUAAUCUCGUCAAACAAAAUCGGGUCACUGUUGCAUCUCUAUUGACGAUAUUGGAGACAUGCACUCGGUCAGGACAGAUUCAACGUGGUCGUCAGGUUGAACAGAUGGUUAAUCAAUCGAGUCAAUGGAAGUAUCAUGUACGUGUUCAGACAGCUUUAAUUAAUAUGUUCAUGAAAUUUCACAUGAUUGAUCAGGCGGAGCAAAUUUUCGAACGAAUCCGACAAUUACCGAGCUGCGAUACGAUUGUUUAUAAUUCUAUGUUGGUCGGUUAUCUACGAAAUCAACACGUCGAAAAAUGCUUUGCCUGCGUUGAGAAAAUGCGCUCGCGAGUCCGACCGGAUAAUGUAACGUACACUCUUCUUCUUAACGGUAAAUUUGUUCAAUUACUUUCCGAGAUCCGCACCACUGAGUUUUUAGCCUGUACGUUCCUACGUGAUAAACAACGCGGCAAAGCUAUCCAUCAGGAGUUAUCAUCCAACUUAGACAGUCAGCACGUUCAUUUACAAAAUGCGUUAAUUGAUUUCUAUGGUAAAAUCAACGAAAUAACCGUCGCAGAGAAUAUUUUCCAUGAAAUGACGUUACGUGAAACAAGCACAUACAAUUCUCUGAUGAAAGCUUAUUUAAUCAAUCGGAUGGCGGUGAAAGUACUGGAAUUGUUCGAACAGAUGAAAGAAGAUAAUCUCGAUACAGUUGGGCCGAUCGGUUUUCGACCGGAUCUAAUUACAUUCAUGGCUGUGUGUGAUGCAUGUGAACAGCUUGGACUAUUGAAUAGUCCAGAUAAAACUCAACAACUUGUACUUACUUUGUAUUUUGUUUUUCAGAUAGAUACUUAUCAGUAUUCCAUGGGUGAAAUCGAACGUCCACGACUUUUCUACGAUCCCAAUUCUCUGUCGAGUUUCAAUCGGUUUCGAAUUGUUCAUACGCAUUUUGAUUUAACAGUUAACUUUGACUCUCAUGUUCUCGACGGUUUUGUUCAACUCGAUAUUCAACCACUGGAUAAUCAAUCAUGCGAUCGUUCUUCAAGCAUAACAACAGAGAAUCACGAGAUUCCAAACAAUCAUGGAAAUAUUCUCGUACUUGAUUCUCGUCAUUUAGACAUUAAACAAGUGAUGCUCAAAUCUGACUCAACUGAAAAGGUUCUUCCAUUUCAAAUCGAUAUCGAACGUGAAUCACUGGUUAUUGAACUGAACGAUCUCCAAUUGGAUUCAAAUUUCUCAAUCAAAAUUGCCUACGCAACGUCUAGUACAAAAUGUACUGCUUUGCAAUGGUUAACGAAAGAGCAAACAGCUGAUAAACAAUAUCCGUACAUGUUCAGCCAAUGCCAAGCUAUUCAUGCACGUUCAUUAUAUCCAUGUCAAGAUACACCCGGAGUGAAAAGUACUUAUUCAGCAAAGAUAACAUGUCCGAAACCGUUGACAGUGUUAAUGAGUGGUUUGCAAAGCAAACAUGAUGAAGCGACGAAUACGUUCUAUUUCGAACAGAAACAACCGAUUGCAUCGUAUUUAAUUGCAAUCGCUGUUGGAAACUUAGUUUCGCACGAUUUAAGUUCACGUAUUCGCGUUUGGACGGAGCCAAGUAUGAUAAAGCAAUGUCAAUAUGAAUUCGAAGAAUCGGAACGCUUUCUAACGGCUGCUGAAGAACUUCUCGGCAAAUAUCAAUGGCAACGAUACGAUUUUCUUGUGUUACCACCCUCAUUUCCUUAUGGAGGGAUGGAAAAUCCGUGUAUGAAUUUUCUGACCCCGACAUUACUCGCCGGCGAUCGCUCAUUAAUCAGCACCAUCGUUCAUGAGAUGACACAUUCGUGGACGGGAAAUUUGGUUACGAAUGAAAACUGGGAACAUUUCUGGUUGAAUGAAGGUUUUACGUCGUUCAUCGAAGCGAAGAUUCUUGGCAAUUUGUCGAAAAGUAAUGGAAAAGAAACUCGACGAUUUCAUGCUGCCCAGCAAUGGCAAGAAUUGAAAUCAGCUGUAACAACAUGGGGAGACGAGCAUCCGUACACUUGUCUGGUCUAUCGUUUACAUAAUGUUGAUCCCGAUGACGCUUAUAGCUCAGUUCAAUAUUACAAAGGCGCAGCUUUACUCUGGCACUUGGAACAGAAUAUUGUCAGUUCGGAAUCGAAAUUUGAUGAAUUCCUUCGCUCAUAUAUCAUAAAAUUCGGUGGAAAAAUUUUGAAUACGGAUGAUUUUAUUGCAUACUUUCAAUCGUACUUUCCGCAAGCACCACCUGUGGAUUGGCAAUCAUGGCUCUACACUCCCGGUAUGCCUCCUGUCACUCACGACUUUUCAACUCAACUCGAAGAACAAUGUCGGCGGUUAGCUGCCCAACAAACAUCGAUAACAAAAGAUCAAUUGGAUGCUCUAAAUGCCAAACAAGUUGCCUAUUUAUUAAAUCUUCUUUUAAACAAACAAUCGGCGAUAACGUAUGACUAUGUCAAACAAAUGGAUGUUGAUUGUGACAUGUCGAAGUAUUCCAACUGCGAAAUUCGUUUUCGUUGGUAUCAAUUAUGCAUUCGAGUGAAAUACGAGAAACCUCUGGAUGAUAUAUUCAAAUUUUUGGAAAUUAUUGGUCGUAUGAAGUUUGUUAAACCAUUAUAUUCGGAGUUCAAAGUCUCAUGGACAGAAAUGAUUCCGCGAGUACGAAUUUUCUUCGACGAACAUAAGCAGUUCAUGAAUCCAAUUACAGCCAAACAAAUUGAAGCGCGAUUGAAUGCAAAUAAUUAA